GUCGUGUUAUUGAUAACAUCAUUCGUCAAUGAGGGGCUCUUCAAGCGGCUAUUCGGGCAGGCUCGGCCGCCUCAGAGUGCCUGUGAAGGCCCAGGCAUGCCUAGCGGUCAUUGCAUCACCUCAGGAGUGUUAUGUAAGACGUUUAUGCAACUUUACCAGCUGCAAUUUUUUCAUACCAAAAUUUUGAUGCGUUUCUCGGAA